AUGUCAACGUUAGAGAUGGAACUCCGUACGCUGGACAAGCAGAUUGCUAACUUGGUGCAGCAAAAAGCAUCAAUUCAGUUGCGUCUUGAGCGUGAAGGAAGUGGUAUUCAUGCAAAACCAAUGAGUGCUGAAGUAGUAGAUAGUAAUCCAUACAGUCGUUUAAUGGCACUUAAGCGGAUGGGCAUUGUCAGGCAUUAUGAAAAAAUCCGUGAUUUUUCAAUCUUGAUUGUCGGGUUAGGGGGCAUUGGUUCUGUCGCGGCUGAAAUGUUAACACGAUGUGGGAUUGGUAAAUUGAUUCUCUAUGAUUACGAUACAGUGGAACUAGCGAAUAUGAACCGUCUCUUUUUUCGACCAGAGCAAGCUGGGAUGACCAAGACCGCUGCGGCAAAACAGACGUUAUCUAGUAUUAAUCCCGAUGUGAUUUUUGAAGAAUAUACUAUGGAUAUUACAACCACGACCAACUUUGAGCAUUUAUUGGAUCGGAUCCGACAUGGAGGAGUGAAUGGAUAUGAUCCAAUUCAUCUCGUAUUAAGCUGUGUGGACAAUUAUGCUGCACGUACAGCAUUGAAUCAAGCGUGUAAUGAAUUGAAUCAAGUGUGGAUGGAAUCAGGUGUGUCCGAGGAUGCCGUUUCAGGUCAUAUUCAAUUUUUGCUACCAGGACGUACUGCUUGUUUUGAAUGUUUGCCACCUCUUAUUGUCGCAAGUGGCAUUGAUGAAUCGACAUUGAAACGUGAAGGCGUAUGUGCAGCCUCCUUGCCGACAACAAUGGGACUGGUGGCUGCAAUGUUGGUGCAAAAUGUAUUGAAAUAUCUCCUUGGGUUUGGACAAGUGUCGUAUUAUUUGGGUUACAGUGCUAUGACGGACUUUUUUCCAUCGGAUGUCAUGCGUCCAAACCCCGAGUGCUCAAAUGUACAAUGUCGCAAGCAACAAGCUGUUGCGGAACACAUUGGGUGGACUCCAAUGGUUUGGAAAGCGCUUGGUCACGAUGGACAGGAGAAUCUUGUUGUCGAACAUGACAAUAACGAGUGGGGGAUUGAGCUUGAGGAGAAGGAUGCUAGUGGAGUUACAGAAGCUCCUGCUGUAGAGAUGACAAAGCUUGCAUCGGGUCUGUCGUUUGCAUACGAGCAGUCCGUUGGAGCACUGGAAGCGGGUACUGUUGAGGAUCAAUCGGCUUUAGUCGCGGAUGCUGACAUAAGUUUGGAGGAGCUGAUGGGACAAUUAAAGUCCCUUUGA